AUGUCGGACUCUGAGGAGGAGAGCCAGGACCGGCAACUGAAAAUCGUCGUGCUGGGGGACGGCACCUCCAGGAAGACCUUUUUAGCUACAUGUUUUGCUCAAGAAACUUUUGGGAAACAGUACAAACAAACUAUAGGGCUGGAUUUCUUUUUGAGAAGGAUGACGUUGCCAGGAAACCUGAAUGUUACUCUUCAAGUUUGGGAUAUAGGAGGACAGACAAUAGGAGGCAAGACGUUGGAUAAAUAUAUCUGUGGAGCACAGGGAAUCCUCUUGGUAUAUGAUAUUACAAAUUAUCAAAGCUUUGAGAAUUUAGAAGACUGGUAUUCUGUGGUGAAGAAAGUGAGCGAGGAGUCAGAAACUCAGCCAUUGGUUGCCUUGGUGGGCAAUAAAAUUGAUUUGGAGCACAUGCGAACAGUAAAACCUGAAAAACACUUAAGGUUUUGCCAGGAGAAUGGUUUUAGUAGCCACUUUGUCUCAGCAAAGACAGGAGACUCUGUCUUCCUGUGUUUCCAGAAAGUUGCUGCUGAAAUCCUUGGAAUCAAAUUAAACAAAGCAGAAAUAGAACAGUCACAGCAUAUUGUCAGGGCAGAAAUAGUGAAGUACCCGGAAGAAGAUAAUCGACAUACCAACUCUGCUCAGAGUAGAGUCUGUUCAGUACAGUAGCGCAGAGGGUGGUGAAGGCAGAUAUUGUAAACUACAACCAGGAACCUCUGUCAAGAACUGUUAACCCUCCUAGGAGCUCUAUGUGUGCAGUUCGGUGAGCGAACUUUACCUUUGUACCAGUGGUCCUGGCGGCCCUUCACCCCGUGUGGCCUGGGCCUCUAGGAGCUCUGUUAUCAGUGGCCAUCUCUAUAGUGUUCAGUUAGCACCUUCCUCCCAGCUCCCUCGGCUCCUCGGCCUGGACGGGAUUCAACUUCGGGACGACACACUUGGAAUCCAUUAGACUGCUUCACUGAAAAAGAAUAAUGUUGGUUCUCUUUACGUUCUCCUUUUUUCUCCGAUGUAAACUUUUUUAGACAGAUAUGAAAACUAUACAGGUCUUGAUCAGCAGCCAGGAUUUUGGCCCAGCACCGUUUCAUUCUCUUAUCUGAAC